AUGGACGAAGGUUCAACAACAACAAUAACAUUAACAAACCGAUUACGUAAACGUUCAAUCUCUUCUCAUCGUCAUUCAAAAUCAGAUACUGAUGGUCAUACAUCAUUAAUAAAAACAAAAAUUCAAAAAAUCGAUGGUCAAUAUCGAGCAUCACCCACUUGUCCAAUUAAUAACGAAGAAGACGAACAAACACAUAGUAGUGAUGAUCAAGAUGAACCAUUAAUUGUAGCAACAGUUCCACCAUUGGUUCAAGAUAGUUCAAAUUAUCGUAUUCGACAAGAUAUUUAUGAUGAUGAAACAGGUGAUGAUCAACAAUCAAAUUCUUCAUCACUCGAUUAUUCGCCUAUACCUGAAUCAGAACCAGCACUAUCUGUUCAAUCACCAAUUAAAGCAACAAUAACUGUUAUGCCAAAGUCAAAUCAAUUCUUUAAUGAAAGUGGUAAUGAAACUAUUCAUGAAACAUCUGUUGAUAUAUCAACAAUGGCAACAAAAAGUUCGACUUGUUUAUUCAGUGAAGAACACAUUCAGGAAAAAUCUGUUACUAUCGAAGAAUCUAUCCCGGAACGAACGACAGCAACAAAAAAAUUAAACUCUUAUAAAACAUCUGUGCCCUCAAAUAGCUCUUGUGCAAUAUCCAUAGACCAAAAUCAAACAAAUGAUACUACAAGUCAAACGGCAUUACCUUCGUUAUCGACUAAUGAAGAUGCUACCAGGAAACCUACUACAUCUACUGAUGCUAUUGUAUCAACUAAUAGACAAUCUCAAAAUAUCAAUGAUCAAUCAAAAGUAAAUGUACGAUUAAAGCAAGUACCAUCAUCAACACAAAUAAAAAAGAAUAAUAUACCGAGUACUAAUAUUAAAACUAAUAAGCUUGUCGAACAGAAACCAAUAAAAAAACCCAUACCGAUACCUAUACAAAAAGAAACAGUGAUUACCACAAAAAAACUAACUCCGACUGUUUCACCAAAGAAACCAAUAAAGAUGACAACAAAUAAAUUACCGUUAAAUAAUAACAACAGUGAAAAACAGCCUGUUCGACCUUCUUCAGUCACAUCAUCGUCAAAAGUAACAGAGAAAAAAUCGUCAGAUACUCUGAAUUCAGCAGCAGCAGCAGCAACUACUAAACCAUCAACUGAGUCAAAUUCAGCCAAACCAUCACCUGUCACACUUGGAAAAAUACCAAAAUUAAAUCCAGCUAAUAAACAAAAAUCUAUAGAAAAAACAAUGUCAUCAAAAAGUCUUACUGAUCAAAAGUCUGAUAUUCUUGCGCCUGGAAAUACAUUGACUAAUAACAACAACGCUUCGAAUUUGUCAGAAAAGAACCUUUCUAAUAUGCACAAAUCGCCUGCAAAACGUCGCUCACCAUCACAUCCAAAUCGAUCUGCACCAACACAUCUGAUGGACAAUGUAGAUUCAUUCGCACCACUAUCACCUAUACGUCUUGAUGAUAAUAUUGUCGGAAAACAAAUAUCAGUAUCUAAUCAACGUUAUCCACCAUUACUUGAUAAUGACAUACGUUCAACUUCAAAUUUUCCUCGUGCCGUCUCAAUUGGUAUUGAACAUUCACAAUCACAAUCACCUCUUUCACCGGACCCAUCAUCAACGUUGUAUCCACCACCAUCACCGCCAUCAUUGCCAUUAGCACCACCACCACCAUCACUAUCAUCUCGAUCUAUAUCUUCAUCAACAAAAUCAUUUAUUGAUUCUCGUCCCAGUCAAUCUAAUCUUCUAGGAUCAACUAAUGAUGUUUUACAAUCAUUUUCUAGAAAAACAUUUUCGACACCACCUGGUAGCGGCCCUAUUUCAAGACCAAGUUGUUCAUCAACUCUACCACAUUCGCAGUCAGUAGUGUCAUUACCAAUCACUUCUAAUGAAUUUCAAGAUUCUUGGAAAAUCAAUAAACCUGAUAAUAUUUGGGAUUCGGCAUCGUCAGAUGAAGAAUUAGAAGAUGAUUCAAACGCUCGACGAUUCUUUCAUCAAAAUAUGCGAGCUGUUGAUGAAGAACUAUCGAAAAUAGAUGAACCACGUUCAAUAACACCACCUCUUCCAACUGAUAGCCGCACUGAACAAUUAUUAAAACGUCAAAAAAAAGCGUCGUUAGGUCUUGCUUCAAAUGUUGAAACAUAUGCAACGAAUAUGAUAGAACCAUCAGCAUCUGUGGAUGAUUUCGAAUGUGUAGCAAUGGAACUCGAUAGUCCAAAACAUCGAACGCAAUCUGAAAGUAGUGAUCAAAAUCAUACCAUUGUCGAACCCAGUAACAGUAAAAGUGGCAGUAAUGGAGCAGUUGAUGCCAAUAUCGCUGAUUUAACAACAGCUUCGUUGAUUGAUACAAGCAAGAUCUUAGCGUCUAAAAAUCGACCCUUAAAAGCAACUUCAAUGACAUUAAUUGAUGAAUUAAAAAAUGCGAUAAAUCCAUCGUCUGCCUCAAAAUUGCCUGUACUUACACCUAGUCGUUCAUUAUCUCGUUCGCGAUCAAGAUCAAGAUCACGGUCAAGGUCGCGUUCAUGCACACGUUCUCAUUCUCGGUCCCGUUCUCGAUCUCGGUCUCGGUCGUCUUCAUCAUUAUCUUCGUCAUCAUCACGUAAACGAGGCAGUCGACGUCGAUCAUCGAGACGAUAUUCAAAUAAAUAUCAUCAACGACGUCGUUCAAAGAGUUUCGCUGCUGCUGAUGAUGAUGAUAACGGCUUUAGUGAAAACAACAAUAAUAAUAAUAAUAUUAAUAAUAAUAAUAACAACAAUAAUAAUAAUAAUAAUAACAACAACAAUAACAAUAAUAAUAAUUAUCCAUCAGCUCCAAUGCAUUAUCAAUCACAUCAUCAUUAUCCUCAUUCUCAUCAUCAAUCACAUUGGCCACCAACAAGACAAUCUGGUGGUUUACUUCCAGGACCACCACAAUCUCUACCUCCACAACAACAACAGCCACCUUAUGGGCAUCAACAACCGGUACCACCACUCUUACCAAAUCAUCCCUAUUAUCCACCAUCGAAUCGAACAAUGAUGCAUCCAGUUGAACCGCCAAAUGGUGGUGGUCGAUUCAAUUUUCUACAUAAUCAUCAACAACAUCAUCAUCCACCACUUAUGCAACCGUCUUACUAUCCACCAGCGCCACUUCAACCGUUAAUGCAAUCAGCAUCACGCAGUCAUCACCAUCCUAUCAAUCGAUAUCCACCACCUACGAGGCCACCAUAUGACUUGCAACCGCAUUCAAUGGCAAUGGGAAACGUUGGACCUCAUCUACCAAAUUCGAAUUAUAAUCAAUACAAGUACGAAUCCGAAGAACGUCUUUCUAUUCGACGACCAAAACGUGAUACCACAAUGGCAUCGGCAAAUAUGAAUAAUAAUCGACGAGGUGGAGGAUUACAACAAACAGAAGCAAACGGUAAAAAAAAGAUAAAUAAUCCAACAAAACCCAUUACCAAAUAUUCCGAUCCUCAAGAUAUGGACCAAUUAUUCGUAAAACGCGAUAAAUUAUUGGCUCAAUUAAGUGAAAUAUCGAAUAGUAGUGAUGUUAAUGAAGAUUCAUUAUCUACUCACGAUAAACGAUCACUAGCAACAAAUUAUUCGAAUGAAACCAAACCCACGAAUUCUCAAGACGAUGAAGAUGAAGAAGGUGAAAUAAGUGAAAGCGACUAA